AUCCCGAGCGUGGUGGCAGUCACAUGAUCUCCACAGAUGACCUGGAGUAUCCGCGAGAGUACCGGACAUUGGGGAACAGCGCUCGCCGCUUCUCCAAUGUCGGCCUGGUGCACACGUCGGAGCACCGGCACACGGUCACGGCGGCCCAGAGCCUGGAGGCCCUCACCAACCUGCACAAGGUGGACAUGGAGCGCAAGAGGGACGCCUUCAUGGACCACCUGAAGAGCAAGUACCAGCAGCAGCAGCAACUGCAGCAUCCGCAUCACAGCCCACACCACACCCCACCCUCUCCCUCACCCUCCCACGGCAGCAUGAGGGGGACGUCAGAGCGGGCUGCACGAGAACAGCAACAGCAACAGCAACAGCCCAACUACUGGAGCUUUAAGAGCCGCAGCCCAAGGCAUUCCCAGUCUACCCAGUCUGGGCUUGCCGACCAGGCCGCCAAGCUCUCCUUCGCCUCAGCUGAGUCCCUGGAGACCAUGUCAGAAGCUGACAUCCCCGUCGGGUUUAACAGGAUGAACCGUUUCCGCCAGAGCCUGCCGCUGUCCCGCUCUGCCAGUCAGAAUAAGCUACGAUCUCCAGAUGAAUUUGCAGGCGUGCUGUUCCUGCAGUACGGGGAUGAGACGCGUCGGGUUCACAUCACCCACGAGCUGAGCAGCCUGGACACGCUGCACGCCCUCAUCGUGCACAUGUUCCCUCAGAAGUUGACGGCAGGAAUGCUGAAGUCGUCCAACACGGCCAUCUUGAUCAAGGACGAGGCACGCAACGUCUUCUACGAGCUGGAGGACGUCCGAGACAUCCAGGACCGCAGCAUCAUCAAGAUUUACCGCAAAGAGCCCAUCUACGCUUCCUACCCGGCUGCACCUCACCUGGCUAACGGAGACCUGAGGAGGGAUAUGGUGUACUCCUCUCGCGACUCCUCCCCAACUCGCCGCCUCAACACCCUUCCAUCCUCUACGUCCUCCAGCUCUCCGUCCCGCUCACGGCUCUCUUACAGCGGUGGCCGUCCUCCAUCCUUCACGGGAUCCCAGCAGGAACAGCCCCGACACCCCCACCAUGCCCCGGCCGGUCACGGUCCAAACGCAGGCCUGUCUCCAUCGCCCAGCGCCAUCCUGGAGCGCCGCGAUGUCAAGCCUGAUGAGGAAGUCUCGGCAAAGAAUAUGGCUCUGAUGAAGAACGAGAGCCUGUAUGCAGAUCCCUACAGCCUGAUGCACGAGGGCCGCCUCAGCAUCGCCUCCACCCAGUCCCUCGCUGCCAUCGGAGACCCCUUUAGCUUCCCUGUAACCAGUGGCCUGUACCGCCGUGGCUCUGUGCGCUCCCUAAGCACCUACUCAGCUGCUGCCGACCUGGAGGACUCCCUCUACAAGCCUGGAGGCUCACUCUACUCCGACACCUACUCCUCAGCCACACUGGGCAUGGGAUUUCGAAUGCCGCCAUCAUCCCCGCAGAAAAUCCCCGACAUGCAGAUGAGGGACAGGGACUCGUAUUCCAACCCGCCCAGCAGAGCCUCACCUGUCAGGCAGAGCUUCCGCAAGGACUCUGCCUCUUCCUCUGUGUUUAUAGAGAGCCCCAAGUCCAGGCCCAGCUCUGGUUCAGAGCCUCUGUGUCUGACAGCCGGGCCCGGGGAGGGCGGCAGGGCCACGCCUGGAUUUGGGUCCCUGUCUGGACAGGACCUUGAAACCAGCAGGGAUCAGCGUCUGGAGCGCAUGGAGGCGAUGGAGAAGCAGAUAGCCAGCCUCACUGGCCUGGUCCAGAGCGUGCUGACCAGAGCACCAGACAGUGACAGCACAUGCGGCCUGCUGCGUCUCUGCAUGAUGGCGGGCUGCCCUCCAGACCAAGGGACGGAGUUCUCACGGCCCUUACCUUUUUCUUCCAGCGAGAAGACCGAAACCAACAGCGACGGCUCCGCCACCGGACCUGGACGGCUGAAGAAGAAAGCUCAUACACCGUCGGCCCCUCUAGCUCUGAUGCCGCCACCACCUUCUCUCUUAACCCCGGUUAACGGCACCGGCCGCUUGAAGAUGAAGCUCCACCUGAACGGCCUGCAGCAAAAUGCCACCGACCUGCGCAAACAGCUCAGCCAGCUACGCAAGAUGCAGAUGGAGAACCAGGAUUCAGUGCGAGUUCUGUUGAAGCGGGCCGAAGCGGAGCUGAACGUGCGCGUGGCGGACGCCCUGAGGAAGCAGGAGGACCCUCUGCAGAGACAGCGCCUCCUGGUGGAGGAGGAGAGACUCAAGUACCUCAACGAGGAGGAGCUCAUCAUCCAGCAGCUCCAUGACCUGGAGAAGUCAGUGGAGGAGAUCCAGAAGGAGUCGUCUGUCAACCACAAGCUGGUGACAGUGCAGGAGCUGGAGGAGAAGGCCACUCAUCUAAGAAAGCUGGGAGAAACACUCACAGAACUGAAAAAUCAGUUCCCGGGGCUGCAGAGUAAGAUGCGGGUGGUGCUCAGAGUGGAGGUGGAGGCCGUCAAAUUCUUGAAAGAAGAGCCGCACAGACUCGAUGCUCUGUUAAAACGCUGCAAGAGUAUAACUGAUACCCUCGCCACCAUGCGCAAACAAGCGAAUGAGGGUGUGUGGAAGAAGCAGGAGGACUUCUCUAGUCCUUCAUCAAAGCACAAAGACGACAUGCGAAAGUUUUCAGACUUUGACAUCCACACCAGCCAACCACUUACCAUCAAUGACCUUGGGGGAAGCAACAGCCUGUCAAACUGGAGCCCCCACUCCAGCCUCAGCCGGGGCCACGCCAACAUGUCUGGCCCUCACAAGGACAAUCAUCCUCCUGUUCCUCACAAAGGCAAAGCCCUGGAGGAAAUGGAACGCCGUGCUUUAGCUGACAAAGCUUUGUCCGUGGAGGUCCGGCUGGCAGCAGAGCGAGACUGGGAGGAGAAGCGGGCCACUCUGACCCAGUACAGCGCGCAGGACAUUAACCGGUUGCUGGAGGAGACCCAGGCCGAGUUAAUGAAAUCUAUUCCAGACCUGGACUUUGCUGCCAAGCAGAUCAAGUCCAACACACCCACCUCCCAGAACCCCCAAAGCGGGGCAGGAACCCCAGAGCACCGCGUCGGCAAGCCCCAGCACAAACUCUCUGGGGGAGGAUCCAGGCGUGGCUCUGAUGAGCUGACUGUUCCACGAUAUCGCACAGAGAAACCCUCAAAGUCCCCCCCUCCUCCACCACCCAGACGUAGUUUCCCGUCUUCUCCGAGCAUAACCAGCCGCAGCGGAGAGCAACUUAUUCCUGGGAAAAGUAUAAAGAAGUCUGAAUCUGAAGAGACUGAAGGCCAGAAGCCUCAUGUAAAACUGAGGAGGGCGGUGUCCGAAAACCCUCGUCCUGCAUCCACCCCCCCAACACUCACCUCUGGGGACAAGGAGGAUGGAGAGGAGGAGAAAACUGCUGCCGAAUUGGAGCUGUUUGAGAGAGUCCCAGUCAGGCUCUCUCUUCCCCUUCCCCAUUCCCUUCCUGUUAGUCCUCUCAGCAGGAAAAGUGUCCCCCCCUGCAGACCGGACCUGUGGCCCUCUGAGGCCCCAGGCACUGAGGGAAGGUGCUUGUAUCCUGUCCCCCACAUCAUGUUGACAGAGUGUUUCCUGCCUUCACACACUGCCUCAGAGGAUCCUGUCAGAGAUUCAGCCAAUGACCCCCUAGAGGAAAGUCCAUCACGAGACUGGACUGGUCACAACACAGUCUACCAGACUACAUUUUCAAAGGAAAGGGAUUCAUUUGGAAGCCCUCCUCAGCGAGAGCAGCUAUGUUUUAAGGAGGACUUAAGACAGGAAGUGGCCCUGUUGUUGACAGAGCUGGAGGUGAGGGUGGUGUCUCCUGUUGAGGCCGAGGAGCUCAGCAGGAUACUCGGAGAAUCUUUGCAGACCCUCAUGAUCUCAACACAGACCAGUGAAGUUCCUGAGGUCCAGCUGAGGGCUCGGCCUCUCCUAGUGCUUCUCCGAGAGGUGGAAACAGUAAAGGAUGCCUACUUGCUGCUGCAUAACCUUUUGGAGUCGUCCAAGCCGGUGCCAAAACCCAGAAUUAAAGCCUCCCCCAGCUCGGGCCAGCAGUGCUGUCUGGUAGAGGCUCUGAGGAAGGGGAUAGAGACGGGGGAUAGAGUACUGAGACUUCAGCGCAACACUGAACUUAACAUUCCUGAGGUAAAACUGAAAUCUGUAAACAUCACUCUUCAGUCAAGUGGAUCGGCUAGCUCUGUGGAUAGUGUAUCGAACCAGAACCAGAGGAAAGCAGGAGAAGAUGUCCGCUUCAGCACAUACAGGAGGCUGGACAGCUUGGAGGAGACUAUUCGUGAGCUGGAGAACACCUUGAUAGAGAUCAGCGGCCAUCCAAUGGAAGAGCAGCUCUACACAGAGACGACCUCACAGACCAAGAAGCCCCCGGUCCCCCCCAAGCCGCCCUCUUUCAGCCCAGCAUCGAUCCAGGCAGGGAAUAAGUCCGCUGCCUCCAAACUGAAGCACCUGCAGCAGAACAGUACAGACAAGACUAAAAGUGGCAGAAGAGAGGACUUUGUGAAGACCCAGGGCCAGCAGCAGCAGUGAGCCACCUGCCUUGUUCCUCCCGUUUGCCUGACAGAGAUCGACACACAUCUAUCCACCUGUUAUACUUUAUCAGCUUCGUUCAUAUCUCCAGUGUUUACUCCAAAGUCUGUGUGUGCUAGCAUGCACGCCCGGGCAUGUUGGACUGUGACGGGUAAGGGAAGGAGCUGCAGGGGGACGGUUGCCAACCAAUUUUGAGACUUUAAUUUUUCAUGAUUUUCCCUUUGAUCCAUGAAAAACCUCCCCCCCCAUUCCCCUGCCCCCCCCUCCUGUGUCCCCGCUCUCACCUGAAGGCCGUGGGGACCAACAGCACCAGUGGCAGUAUUGAGCCGUACCUCUCUGGUAUCAAAACGGGAGUUCUGCCAGGCCGAGCGCCCUCUCCUGCAGCAGUGUUCACCCCUGGCCUGAGGAAGCCCCCCCAGGAGCGGCUGCCCUCCCUGAAAGGCUCCACCAGCCAAGCCAGGGCUCUUCUGGCCAGCCUGUCUGCCUCCGGCCUGAGCGCCGAGGCCCUGCUCCUCUCCUCCACCCUCCGCCAUCGCCGCCUCCUACGUGAGCAGCGAGCCUCCUCCUUGCCCCUGCCCAGCAGCAAGUCCUCCCCUUCUACUCCCAUCGCUACAUCCCCCUCCUCUUCUGCUUCACCCACCACCCCGACACCCUCCCUGUCUCCCUCCUCUCCCAACCCUUCCCUUACCCUUUCUUCUGCCGUUCCCCAGCCCAGCGGUUGUAGCUCCAGCGUCAACAGCUGCAAGGAGGCGGGCAGUGGGCAAGUGAAGCAGGACCUCGCCCCGGGGUCCUGAAGAGAAGGAGGAUGGGUGGAAGCACCAUCAUAUUAUGAACCGUAAAGAGAACACAUCUGCAUUAUGGGAAAUUGCAGCAUUUUUUGAGUGUCAUAUUUCAGGACUUUUUAGCUUUUCCUCUCUGUUUUUGUUGGCCUCACUCCAGUAUGCACUCUUCAUAUCUCCAUGGCAAGACCUACCAUACCGCACAUGGAGUCACUAUCUUCUUUUUGGACAUGUCUCCUACUCUGAUCUGGUUCCAUAGUUCCUCUGCAGUUCUCCCACACUCAUGCUGCCAGUUUGCCAGAAAGAGAGCACACAAACGGGCCUGCUGUAAGCUGAUGUGGUCUGGAUGGAUUUACUGACAGUAGCAGUCUCAUAAAACCCCUCACUCAACGGGGUUGUUAGUGGAGUAGACAUCAUUUAUAGACCUUUAUCAUAGAAAAUAGAGCUGCAAUAAUCACCAAGUGAGUCCAGUAGUCGUGUUUGUUCAGGUUCAUAUUGUGUCACCUGGCAGAAUGUGCAUAGUAGAUCAAGGUGAUGAUUGUGGUUGUGUGUUAAAAGGGCACUCGUGGCUUUUCAUGCAUCACCUGUGUUUUCAACUGAAACUGGUGCUAUAUUUUCCCCUCUGUUUGUACACACUGUGUAAAGAGUUUACAUGAUUGUUCUCACUUUUUUUUGCAAGUGUACAUUCCACUGUCUGACUAUGAUUUCAUGUCACACUGUUUCAAUAUUGAUAUGAACCCUUACAGGAGGAAAUCCUUGCAUCGGAGAAUUAGGAACAACGAUAGGACAUUUUCAACUUAAAAAUGUCAAAAGCACAUUGAAAGAAGCGGUCUUAUGACGGCACAUCUUUACUGAAAAUAGAAUAGAGGCACAGUUACACAAAAAGGAUGGAAGAACGCAGACAGUGAAUUGUAAAGAGAUUGAAUUUCUGUAUAUCUGUAUUGACAAGUUAAUAAUGACAAUCAGGAUGUUCCGCAGUCACGUCCUACAGGUUGCUAAGGCAUUUCAGCACCUGACUCCACAAACCUUCCCAAAGACUCAAGCACACACUGAUGAAUAACUCUGUCACUCCUUCUGCACUUGUAAAGCAAACCUGUGUGCAGAAACCUUUGUUGUUUUAGAUUUUGAUAAGGGAUGAAUCAUUUUUUCUCAAGUCACAUCUGUUGCACCGCUUGAAAAGAGCCACAUCGACAAGAACACAAUUUCACCCUUUAAGGAAUCUAAAGAGCAGACAUAUAAAGUGCUUUAUUUUAGGACACUUAUCGUCUUUGAACUUCAAAGUUACUCUGAUGGGAAGCAGCUUACAACGAUGCAUAAUACCUUCUUUGAACAGGAACAAAAUGUUUCUUGCACUGCAGUGAAUUGAUCGCACUUCAACACUUGACACAGUUUCAAGCAGUGUUUGAAAGCUAAAGAAAGGAAAUCAGCACAUAUGUAGACACUUCACACAGCUGACAUUUAAAUAUAUAGGAAUAUAAAGAAAGCACAUUUUCUUCUGAAACACUCGACACCUUUUUCUCAAAUUUUGAUCUUGUGAAUUUGCUUAAAAAAUGAUGAGCACAAAGCUACAAAUGUUCCUUAAAGGAAAGAAAAACCCUGUUUCUUUUAAAUUACUGUACGUUAGAUUAACAAUAUUGUUGCUCCUUCAUUUGGUUCUAUUACCUGCAUGUUAAAACAUUUAUGAAUGUUAGGUCUUUAGUGUGCAUCAAUGACAGUUAUCUCUAUUUAUAGCACAUGAAAGGCCCUUCAGUGAUUCGCUGCACAUUCUGAAGCCCCUGUCCUGCGUUAUUGCCUUAAGGCUGCCCACUGGGGAUGUGAUGAGGUUGAACGGACAGUCAUGGACAAAGUGGUGUUCUUUUUUUGUUUCCAGUGGUUCACGAGAAAGACUGUGUGAAAUCGAUUCUUUGUGGCAUGAGAUUAAAAUGUCCGAAAGUGGAUUGUGUCACAUGGUAUGCAGCUUGAGAAGAGGGGAUUAGUUUGGGGACUUGUGUUUGAAGGCUUCUUUAAUAAGACGGCUUCUUGUCUCCAUGGAGAGUGUUUGUGAUAUGAGCCAAAGAGAGGAGAGGAGGGGUCUGACGGCAGCUGUUCUUCCCCUGCCCCUCUCACUUAGCUUUGUCUGUGAUGUGGGGCGUCUGUGAAAGAAAUGACACUUUUUGAGGUUAUUUUAGGACAAAGUCUGAUGGGCCUCAGUAAUGACAGUAACAGUGUGUGAGAUAUGUAAUUAGCACUCUUCCAGUGCUCUUUCCUGAAACUCCUGCCUGUUUGUCUGUAAGGACCUGAUACAUUUUUCCCAGUGCCUCUAAGACUUUCCACAAAUCCCCUGUUGGUCUUGUAUAACAGUAUUAGAUCAGCAGCAAAGACAGAAGGACACUUUUACCCAAAGAAGAGGCUGCGAGAAUUGUCUUGCUUCCAUCUUUUGCAGAAAAACUUGAAAAGCAGAGUGUGUCAGGUUGCAGUGUUGACUAAACACUCCCUGAGCUCUAACAAUGUGCACAGCUACAGCGUAUUUAGCCUCACUGGUCGCUCUGUAGCUCCAUAAGGCAGGUUCAAGCACCGGGGAGUGAAGUCAAAUGAAAGUAAUUCACUUACUCGUGCUGUUCCACACCCAAAUCCAUAACUCUCCCAUCAGUUCAAUCUGCUGCAUUUGCGUCUGGUGAGCGUUGGGGAGGGAGUGUUCACGCUCGGCUGCUUUCCUCAAGUUAAGUUUGAGAUGAAACCUCCCAGAAUUGCGUGACAGUGCUCUCUGAAAGGUUUUUUUGUUUUUUUUUGUAUAAGUGUUAGUGGGCUGUGAUUUCAGCUUGGAGGGCACGUCGCAGAAACUCAUGCAAACUUGAAAUCAAACAUAGAAGAAGUAUACAUAUAUAAAUAUAUCUAAGUGAGAUGUUUGUGUAUGAUAUUAUAAUUGUGAAGAAAAGUGUGAUAUAUAUAUAGGCCUAGAUUAAAUUAUAUACUGUAAAAUGUCAUCACCUCUUCAGUUUUAUAUAUUAGUGACCAUUUUGUACAGAUUUUUCCUUUUUUAAUUCAUUGAGAGAGAUAUUACAUUUCACACUGAGAUUAUUUAUUCAUACGCAGAACAUUUUUAUAUUUCUUUAACGAUAUCUGUAUAGAUAACACUUAGCCUCUGUAAUAUACGCUGAAGUUCAUUUUUUGAUUAUAGGGUUUUUAUUUACGGACACUGAGUUGGAUUUUAUGUCAUUUAGAUUUUUGAAAAGCUUGUCCCUGAAAAUGCUUGUCCAGCUCUUCUGCACCUUUGCCUCCUUAUGUGAAGGGUCACUAUUGAGGUGUGAGAGGCUGGACCAGUGCCUGUGCUUAGGGGCUUAUUUUGCUACUAUUUGCGUGUUUAAGGGGGUCGUUUUCUGUACCUGUGGUCUGUUUUCUUUUGGUUUCUCCCCAUCCUGUAUUUGUGAUUCAGCUGGUAUUAGUUGGAGUUGGUCAGAAGUUGUGGUAACUACUGUGAAAGGUCAGUUUAUGGGCCAAGACGUUUGAGAUGUGAGUCACAUGGCUUUAAUUUUUAGCUGUGUCAUGUUUGCAUGUGAACAGGAGUGGUAGCAAUGUGGAUGCUCAGUGCAAAAGCUUUUUAGAGACAACAACAGGUGGAAUAAACAGUUGGAAGUACAUUUAGUUGCUUAUUAAGUCCAAGUUGUUGCACUGAGGGGCUUUAAGUAGCAUUUAAGCUAAACCACAGGAGUUGUUAAAACCACCCAAGAUGGAUCAAUAAGGGCACUUUGUGAUUUAAAAGUGGAAUCUCUUCCUUUGCCAUUGUAUCUUGUUUUUAUAACAAACCUACAUUAUAUAGUAUGUAUAUGAGAUUUUUACAUGAAUGUGUGGAUGUUCAAAAAUGUUGGCAUCGAAAGUAGAAAAACAAAAUUGACCUGUAAAUAGGCUGAGUCAUUCCUAGCGAGUUCCACAAAUUGUUAUGUCCAAAAGAAGAUGUUUUAUUAAUAAACUAUGACAAUGGGUACAAAGAUAUAUACAAAACAAUGCAUGUAUAGUCUCAAAGCAAUCGCACGGUGCAGUUGAAAAAAAAUGUUGUCUACAUGUUUUCUCAAAAAAUAUGAGAACGAGAAAGGGUUUCUAUGUUAGGAGGUUUACACACAUGAAGAAUGAGACGUUAUUUUGGUAUGUGUGUCACAGGCAUGUUCAGUCUUACUGUGAUGUUAUGUGAUGAUGAAGAUAGUGGUGGAUGUCGAGAAGGAACGCACCCCAACCAGAAAAGUCACCCGUGAUGGUGUCCUCCCAUUUGUAGAGUAGUGUGAUAUAAGAACAAAAAUAAUACAGAAUAUAGAUCUAUGAUAUAAUGAUAUAUAAAUUUAAAAGCCUACUGAUACUGGAGAUACUAAUUUAUCAGUGUGGAUGCCAUGAUAUUCUGUGAGACAUGUGUGUGUUUUUCCUGUGAGAAGACAGUAGGCAGUUGAACCUGCCUUCUUUUGUACAUACUUUGCUGUGAUUGUGUGUCCAAUAAAGUGCAGCUCUCUU